AUGGAUCUCUCGGGUGACAAGCCCUAUAGAUCGAGGCGGACGCAUCGGAAGUCACGACUCGGCUGUGCUAAUUGUAAGAAGCGGCGUAUUAAGAAGUCCUGCAUUUCAUUGAUCCCCGAGACUGAUGAAGAGAACGAUCUUAUACAGUGCGAUGAGAAGAAGCCGAGUUGUACCAACUGCGAUAAUCAUGAUGUUGAAUGCUCGUUUUCAAUCGUUGCGCCGACACCUCCAGCUUCAGAGACACUAUCUCCAAAUGCGACAAUAUCCGAAGCAUCGCCUGAGAACCCCACGAAACUACGCUCUCGACGAUUUCGACCCUAUGCAUACCCUAAUGGAGGUCUGAAGCAGACUUUCAAAUUGAGCAAGCCCAAAAAUCAAAAUCUAGUCCUGAUCGAAGAAGCAGAGCCACCAGUCGAAUUCUUACCCUUUGAAACCAUCUCGCUGGCCGAUCUACAGCUAUUCCAUAACUACACUAUCUCAACCUAUCAGACCAUGUCGGAUGACGGUGACCGGAACGGUGUCUGGCAAAAUCAUCUUGUCCAAUGGGGCAUGGAAUUCCCUUCCAUUCUACACCUCAUCCUCGCCCUCUCUGCCCUGCAUCUCGCAUACAAAAAUCCCGAGUCCCGCGAAAAAUACAUCCAACAAGCAGACAACCACUUUACAUUCGGCGUACGAACAGUGACAAGUGUGCUAUCACAACUCAACGCCGAUAAUUGCCAGAAGAUUUACAUGGCGGCCGUAUUAGUCUGUUUCAUCUACUUUGGCCGUGGACCUCGGCCAGGUGAAUAUCUCAUCUUCAGCGAAGCGGGCCCUGCCGAAUGGAUAGUUCUCAUGGGAGGCGUGAAGACUAUUGUCUUCUCCUACCAUGCCAAGGUAUACAGCGGGAUUCUGGAACCGAAAGGCGAAGAAAUAGAGCCGUUCCUGAGCGAGUCUAUGCGCAUCGAGUUACACGAGCAUACCAUCCACGUUGAAGCAUUUCAGCGACUCGUCAAGCAAGAGAUAACAGACGAAACUCAGCUAGUCAUGUACGAAAAGGCAAUCAACGACUUGCUGGAGAAAAUGCGAGAAGUCUACGAAAAACGAUCCAUUGGAGACCCGGGCAUCGGUUUGAUGCAUUUACUGAUUGGCUGGCUUUAUCGAUUACCGGAGGAGUUAGUGGGGUUGUUGGAACAGAAAGAGCCGCGUUCUCUGGUUAUAUUGGCGUAUUGGGCUGUUAUGUUAAAGUUCAUGGAUAGUGCGUGGUUGAUGAAGGGUUGGUCGGAGCAUGUAUUGGAGGGAGUAUCGGGGUGUCUUCAGCCGGAGUAUCGGCCUUGGAUUGAGUGGCCUUUGCGGAGGGUGAAACAAGACAGUUGA